UUAAAUAUAUUUCGAUCCUUCAGCAAGGGAGAUCAUCGAUAUCACAGUACACUUCGAUCCACAAAAAGAAAAUAGAAGUACAUCAAUAAAUAACUUAACCAGAUCGACUUGAAAGACUCUAUUAUAUGUACUUUUGAACAAUCUGAAUCAAUCAAUAGAGUUACCCUACUGAAAUCGAUUAGCAGUAAGCAGUCUAAAUUAAUCGAAGGUAUGGAAAUAUUUCCUUUAUAGCAAAAUCUGAAAAAAAAAAGUUGAUCGAAGUUUUCAGUUGCGACACGUAUACGGAUUUUACUACGAUCGGAGGUUAAGAAUGAGAAACGGAAAGCCAGUCACCGCUAUCAAUGGUUACAGCGGUGGCGGAGCUGUUGCUGGUGUUGGUAAAGCAGACGGAAGCGAAGGAGACAACGAUUCUUCGGAACCGAUCAAACUAAAGAAAGAACUCGGACUUCUUCAUGGCUGUACCUUCAUUAUUGGAAUUGUUGUUGGCUCCGGCAUCUUCGUUUCACCGAAAGGUGUAUUACUCGAAGCCGGUUCGCCUGGUUUAUCUGUUAUAGUAUGGGCAAUAUGCGGUAUGAUGGCAUUGGUUGGAGCCAUGUGCUAUGCAGAACUAGGCACGUGUAUUCCCGACUCCGGGGCCGAUUACGCUUACAUUAAAGAAAUCUACGGAGGACUGCCCGCUUUCCUUUAUCUUUGGGUUGCAAACGUUAUCAUCAUACCGACCGGUAAUGCUAUAACAGCAUUUACUUUUGCCAGUUAUAUACUGAAUCCACUAUUUCCCGAUUGCGGUCCUCCGAAAGUUGCUGUGACUGUAUUGGGCGCAACGUGUGUAGCAUUCAUAGUCUUCAUCAACUGUGCAAACGUAAGGUGGGCUGCCAGGGUGCAAGGAAUUUUCACAGCAACCAAAAUAUUUGCUUUACUUAUUGUUGUUGUUGUUGGAUUUUAUACAUUAAUAUCAGGGAAAAGUGAGACAUGGAAACAUCCAUUUGAAAAUACAAACAAAGAUAUUGGACACAUAGCACUCUCAUUUUAUGCUGGCUUGUAUUCCUACUCAGGGUGGAACUUCCUUAAUUUUGUAACAGAAGAACUGAAAGACCCAUAUAAAAACCUGCCACGUGCCAUUUGGAUAUCCCUCCCCAUUAUAACAUCUGUGUAUGUAUUUGCAAACAUCGCAUACUUUGCUGUAUUGUCUCCCUUGGAGAUGAAAGAGUCGGAAGCAGUUGCUGUGACAUUUGCAGACAAAACACUGGGAGUUAUGGCCUGGAUUAUGCCACUGUUUGUUUCCUGUUCAACAUUUGGUGGUUUAAAUGGUGCUAUCUUUGCUGGCUCCAGGCUUUGUUUUGUUGGAGCCCGUGCUAAACAUUUUCCAGAAUUUCUAGCAAUGAUUAAUAUCAAAUAUUUCACACCAAUGCCUGCACUAAUGUUUGGUGGUUUGAUGGCGAUUACAUAUCUCUGCAUAGGUAAUAUCUACAAACUAAUCAAUUACAUGGCAUUUGUAGAAGCAAUCUUCUUUGGAAUAACGAUUUCUGGUCUUCUAUAUCUACGAAAAACUAGGCCAAAUAUGAAAAGACCUAUUAAAGUCCAUAUAUGUUUUCCAAUUUUCUAUCUUUGCAUUUUGAUAUUUCUUACUGUGAUGUCUCUGACUUCAAACCCACGUGAAUGUUUUGUGGGUAUCAUUGUGGUCUGUACUGGAAUUCCUAUAUAUUGUUUUGGAGUGAUGUGGAAACGAAAACCAAAAAUAAUCAGAAACGCUUUGAGUAAGAUUACAAUAUUAAUACAGAAGUGUACAUUGGCUAUGCCACAACAAGACCCUUUUGAAUAGACAGACAUUCUUUCAUAGGAAAGACGAAUCUCACCAUGUAAAUUCUAAGCAAUUUGUGCUUUUUUGACAGAAGAAAUUUGGAAAAAAAAAAUUAAAACCAGAAAAGAAAAACAUGUAUUA